AUGUUGAUCAAGGGCGAAAAGUACGCCUGUGAGGCGUGUGUGAGAGGUCACCGAGUCAGCAACUGCCAGCACUCCGACCGACCGCUGCAGCAUAUCAACAAGAAGGGUCGUCCAGUCUCACAAUGUACACAUUGCCGAACCUUACGCAAGUCUCGAUCUGCGCAUGUCCGCUGUGACUGUGGCGGAGAGAAGGCACACAAUAAGGGAGCUUGUACACAUGACAGCGGCGAUUCUCAGGAUAACUGCUGUUGCAGCCAUGGAGCCCGUUGCUCCUGUGCUUUGAAGAAAGAGCAUUUGGACCCCGUUCCCGAAUCUGACUCGGAUGAAACCUCGUCGUCCUCUGCUACCACCAACGAGAAACGUAGACCCCGUGCUCUCACAGCCCAAUCCGAGACUGGCUUAACAAUUUUCACCAACGGGCACCACAAGCCUAUCCACAAGCACAACAACAUGGCUCACAAAUGUGGUCUACCUUACGUCGUACCCAGAGCACACUCGAUCCACGGUCCCUCGCCUGCUGGAAUGGCAAAUAGAUCUGUUGACAACCUACCCCAUACGAGCACAAUUGAUGCACUGCACAGUGAUUCGCAUAUUAAGGACUCAAUGGUCAGCGCUCAGCAGGAGCAGCGUAUGGUGAAGUCGGAACAUGGGUCACCUCUUCUAAGCCCAAUAUCCAACUUGGAUCAGCUAAACGGCCAACUUCCUCCGCUGGAUCUGAGCAGCAUUCCUGCAGAUUUCUACUCGUUGCAAAACAUCGAUGGAUUCUCAUCGAUUCCUGAUCAUGAGCAACCUAUGUUCUCUGCUGGACUAAGCUCCGCAUCAAUUGAUUGGUCACACUACGACGGCCUGGACUUUAAUAGUGACAAUUUUGGUGCCUCGUCGUACAGUCAAGCUCCAUCUUUCACUGGUUUUGAUUUCAGUAGCAUCGAUCAACCAGCUCUCACAACCACAUCAACAUCUGGAGAGAUAUCCGAGGUUGAAGAUUUUGUGCCACUGAACGAUAAUACUGGAAGCCGACCAAGCCUACUCAACCAGCAGUAUGGUUCCGACUUCGACACCUCAGAUUUCGGUGGUGAUAUUGACGGUUACCGCCUCAGCACUGCCUCCUCAUACAUCGGUAUGCCCCAAGCUCAGAUGCUUGCAAGCAACAACCUCGAUGCCCUCGACAUGGAUUCAUUCCUCAAGGGCGCUGCGACCUCGAAUGGAUUUCCAACUGGAAACCACGGUCUUCCCAUGACCAACUAUAGCGAGGAGGGCAAGGUCGGACAAACUUCGUCUCCUUUUGACGAGGGUACAAAUUAUCAACUUCUUGACGAUGAAGAUACAUUUUGGAUGAACGGCACUUACCCGUCAAGUGGUAUUCCACAGAACACUGGCCGGAGUGAAAUGCCGGAAGAGAAUGUUUGGGCUCAAUAA